CACAAAUUCCGAAACGAGGACGCAGCGGACGCUGCCUUCUUAUUUCGUGCAUCAAUUUGUUUCUAUUCUGUAAAUCAUUUUUCUUUAUGAAGUGUUUGAUUUCCAAAUUAGUGUGUGUAAAUUCUGUACGCGAUGUCCGGAUUUAGCUUCGGAACCCCAACGACGAGCGCGCCGGCAUACCCAUUUGGAACAGGGGUGACAACGACUGCUACAGCCGCUCCUUCUGCAGCUGCUGGUGUGACACCAGCAGCGACCGGUUUUAGCUUUGGUACUUUACCAACUGCUAGUGCGGCACCAGCAUUCGGUACUUUGACUGCCAAGCCUGCUCAAACAACAGCAGCACCGGGAUUCAGCUUCGGAACUACCACCACUCAAGCUACGACAACAAGUGCAUCGACCGGAUUCACUCUACCGGGAGCAGCAAAUCCGACGGUUCCAGCUGCUACGGGAUUAACUUUUGGCACCGGUGCUAGUAGUGCUGCAGCAGCACCAGCACUCUCACUUGGUGGUACAGGAGCUUUUGGCGUUGGAACUGGAAGCACGCUAUUCGGUUCCGCAGCGAAAACGACUGCUGCAGUACAAUCGCUGCCCGCAGCAUCCACUACAACUUCUGCUGGCCUAGGGCAAAAACCAGUGGGCUUAGGUGGAGUGGAUAUAAACGCAGCGGCACCAAAAUCAGUCGAAGGCAAGCCUGAUAGCACUAAAGCAAAAGAAUUUCAGGUUCCUCAGGAAAUUAUCAGUACCGUUGAGCAGCUGAAAGAGUAUAUAAAACGGCAGAAAACUUUCAGCUCCGAUAUCGCUAGGACUUCAUCUCGAAAGCUUUAUAAUGUUUCCUCCGAAAUCAGUAGAUUAAAUUGGAGCUUAAUUGAUAUUUCGAAUAGCGUAACUAAUAAUCAAUCUGCCAUCAAAACGCUGCGAUCCGAAACUGCCGGGAUCAUUCAGCAAGCCGAUAUGGCUCAACGAACUCACGACACCCCGGCUGGACUGCAGUUUGAAAAUACCAUGCCGCUACAGUACUUUAUUGAGCUUAUCCAGAAAUACGAAAGCGAUUUGCUUAAUCUUAAACAUCAGGUCGAACUAACGGAGAAACAUAUGCAGUCAUUGGCGGUUCCGCAACAUUUCACAGCCGCAGACUUGAAGCGCGGUCUGCAGCAGAUUCACGAAAGCUUCGUUGCCUUGGCGGGUCGGUUACACGAGACCCAUCAGAAAGUGGAAGCCCAGAAGGAGCAGUACAUGAACUUGCGUCGCUAUCUGUUGCGUGAUAACACGGAUGUUUUCGAGGAAACCCCAUUGCCAGGCGGUCAAUCUACGCAGCAACGAUUCUCCGGCUCGAUAUCAACUGGACCAACACCAUUCUCCACCCUAAUGGGCACCAUGAACUUAGGGGUCUCGAAACCCAGCCCCGAAAGGACUCUGUGGCCACGGGUAUCCGGAUUCGCCCCAACACCGAUGGGAGUAGCCGGACCAAGUGGAAUGUCCACAUUCGGUUCCGCACUGGCUGGAGCCGACGGCAGCAGCGCGCUAGGGAGAAGCUUUGACAGUGCAGCCACAGCGGGAGGCUCCGGAGCUCCGACGGCAUUCGGCAGCGGGACGGUGUUCAAUCUUCAAACGCCUCCACUCGGAAGCAAACGAAAUAAACACUAGCAACGACGAAACUAACAUACUAUGUCCUAUGUUAUUAUUGAAAAUAUACACUGUCCAAGA